AACAACCCGAGAGGUACUAGCGUCUGCUGCUGUGCUGAAAGUUGAAUUGAGCUUUCCAAUCAACCCGCCUCCUUACCCAGAUAAUCUGUUUACACUUGCUGCUUGUAAUUUUUAUGAGCAUGUUGAGUGUUGAAACAGAGAAGGGACAGUAUGUGGAAUGUGGUCCGCUUUUCCUGGUUCGCAGAAGCUUUCUUCCUCCUUUCUCUUUACCCUCAUCUUCACCCCCAAACUUCCCUUUUUGCUGCCUUCACCUCCAUCACCUGUGCUACUUGCACUUCAUCUGCCUCCUUCCUCUUCUGGUCACCAUGAUAAUACACAGCCAUAGCUUCGCCACAUAUUUCUCUCUCAUCGUUUCUCAUGUCCUUGUCUUGUUCUUGCUUGUGGCCCUAAUGCCUUUCGUCCAAGCUCAGUCCUUUGAUCCCAUCGUUACUUAUUCACCAGCCAGCAUGUUCAUAGAAGGGAAGGGAUUAUAUAUCUCUGGCGGAGCUCCACAGCCAGAGACAGCUACUAGUCAAGCGUUCAUGAUUGACCUUUCAGUUUCUUGGAACGCAAGCAGCCCUGUAUACAGACCAUUGGCGGAUGGCCCAUAUGGCCUUUCAAUACCAAGUGCUCUCUCUGCCGACGGAGAGAAUUGGUUUUUGUUAGUGAACAGUACAGGUCAUGUCUACAACAUGCGAACAGGAUCUUGGGACACCAUUUUUGCCAGCGUCCGUAUCGGUACUGAAUUAGCUUUUGGAAUAGCUGCAGUUACAGAUCCUAACACGGGUAUUAUUUACAUACCAAACGGACAUGAGGAGGUACAUCCAUUCAAACAAUGGUCCAUGUUGACAGUGGAUGUAAAGGCCAAAAAGUUUGAUAAUGUUCCUAUGAUGCAAGGACUGAAUAGGACGGGGUUAUAUGCAGUAGCAUGGAGCAAUGUACGAGGAGAGUUCAUUCUCACUGGAGGGUUUGCUCCUGGAAUAUUCGCCUACAGCCCAAAAAACGGGUGGAGCGCCCUGAAUGUGAGUGGAAGCAUUCCGUCUCACCGCCACAGUCAAUGUCUUGUACCAGCAUAUGGAGGAAAAAAGCUUAUUAUGUUUGGAGGCCACUCGUCGGCGAUGGGCUUGACUUUAAACGAUCUGCACAUUCUGGACGUCGCAAGUUUGACCUGGACCGCUGCUCCUAGUAUAGACGCGCUGAAUAGGAGACAAGAAUCAGCAUGUGCUGUUUCAGGAGACUAUUUAAUUGUAUGGGGCGGUAGGAACACAGGGACCGUAGAAGACUUUAUGGCCUCAAAAACGCCACUCAUCUUCAAUAUGAAAACAAACAAAUGGACGUCCACCUAUAUUGCGCCGCGCUCAUCGACCACUACUACAAGCAGUGCAACUACAACUGGGACGUCGCCACCAUCCAAUUCGCCUACUGAAACAGUUGGUUCUUCUGGCGGCAGCUCUGUCCCCGUUAUUGCAGGUGCUGUUGCUGGUGUGCUUGUUGUCUUGAUCGCCUUCCUGGGGAUUCUCUGGUACCGCAGGCGUGCAGCUGCGUCUAAAAAUCAGGAUAGUUACACAUCAACGGUGGGAAAGCCUCCAGGGGAUUCGGGCGAAGCCAUUUCGAAGGAACCUAUUGAUACAUGUUCAAGAUCGUCAAUGAGCAAUCGUAUGGCAGAUCCACUUAGCAGAAACAAGAGUAGCAAUAACAGUACUGCAUACCCGUCACCGCCUCCUGUCCAAAAUGUUAAUAGUACUUAUUUCAGUGGUGAAUACGCCAAUUCUAACAAAUCAUCACCUCGUAAUCCAAGUGCCAUUGUCGAUGAAAGGAUGCAUUCCUAUCAGAGUAAUACCAAAAUGCGACGACCUCCCCAAAUGGGCGCCUAUGGCGCAAGCCGUCUCUCUCAACACCCACAUACAGAUCCCAUAGGUCGUUUUGAACAAGACAAGCAGCCACCAGUCCAAAUGAAUUAUUAUGUUGCGCCACCACCUGUCCCCUCCAACCCACAGGUCACCACUGCAUACCAUAUUCCAACAUCCAAUUUUCAAUAGUAAUUUUAAUAACUUUAUUAUUCAGUUUACUAGUCUAAUAAUUAUAAUAUUCAUAAAAAUAGCAUUCAUCUC